CAUCAGAUCAACAGCUGUGAGGUAAACCAUCACUCGCUCUCUCACCGUCGCGGAGAUAAGAUUGGUCUUCAGCCCCUCUCGUCCUUUGCUCUUCAGUAUCGUUUCCUUCACACAUCACCGCCCUCUAUUCUCAUCAAGAAGUUUGCUUGACUCAUCAGGAGUGCUGCCAUUGAUGACGUUGCUGCGCGUGGCGUUGACGCGGGGCCUCCUGGUGUUCAACGUUAUGUUGGUGCUGUACCUGGGCCUCACAUGGAUCUCCACGCCUAGCCACCAUUCGUCCUCCGCCAGGGACGUCAUAAACUUCUCCCUCCCGGCCGCCAUCCACUACCUGCACAAUAGCAUCAGUGUCUUCGAGAACUUCAAAAGUGGAAAACCAGAAGCGACGCCUGUGGUUGAUCCUCCUGACCCGCCACUGGACUCCCUAGAGCGCAAAAUGUUCCCAGACCUGAAGGAGUGCACCACGAUGCCGCUGCGACCGUUCUGCCAGCAACGGGGCGACUUCUGGGUCUUGGAGAAUUACCUGCCGGCGGUGAUGUCGUUCCGGUGUGACGAGUCCAUCACGUUCACUACCCAUGGUGACUACACCUUCCUCGACAACCUUAUACCAAUCACGUCCCGCUGGAAGGGCCCCGUGAGUAUGGCUAUGUAUGCGCCUGGUGAUGACUUCAACGCCACGAUCAACACCAUCCUGUAUCUUCGUGACUGCUGGGCUGAGGACAUCAAGAAGUACGUCACCUUCCACUUCUUCUUCGAGGCCAAACACACGCCCGUGAAGAUCCCGUCCACGGAAGAGCUGCUCAAGAUGGAGACGAACUGUGAGCAGAAGCCGCCUCUCUGGAUCAACGUCACCACUUACAGACAGCAGAAUAACCUACUGUACCCCGUGAAUGUGGCGAGGAACACCGCCAGGCUGGCAGCGCAGACCUACUUCGUGUUCCCAUCAGACGUGGAGCUGUACCCGUCCAUCAACUUCAUCCCCGAGUUCUUUCGCAUGUUGAAGCGUCCGGACAUUUCCAACACCACCAAUCCUCGGGUGUUCGUUUUGCCUGUCUUCGAGGUGCAGAAAGGUGCUGCAGUGCCCGAAACGAAGAAAGAACUGGUCAGGCUGUUAAACAGGAGGCAUGCGAUUACAUUCCACAAACACAUCUGUGCAAAUUGUCACAUUAUUCCCAGAUACCAAGAAUGGCUCAAAGAUCCCAUUAAGCCUGGGCUGAGUGCUUUCCACGUGGGCAAGCGUUAUCCGCCAUUCGAUAUAUGGGAACCGAGAUACGUGGGCACCAACAAGGAACCCGUGUACGAUGAGCGGCUCUCCUGGGAAGGCAUGACUGACAGGAUGGUUCAGAUGUUCUUCCUGUGCUUACUGGACUACGAGUUUCACAUCUUGGACAACGCGUUCGUGGUGCAUCGGCCGGGCAUCAAGAAGCAGAUUUCGAGCCCCAUGCGCGACAUAUUGGUGGAAAAGCAGACUGCCAUGAUCGAGAAAAUUAUUCCAGAGUACAAAGCAAUAUUCGGUGUUCGGAAGGGAUGUCGCAUAUGAGAGAGAGAGAGAGAGAGAGAGAGAGAGAGAGAGAGAGAGAGAGAGAGAGAGAGAGAGAGAGAGAGAGAGAGGUGGGGGGGAGGUGGGGGCAGUGGGUAGCGCGCCCGAUUCACACAUGGGAGGCCUCGUGUAGCCCCUGUUCACCUAGCAGUGUUUAGGUACCUGGUGUAAGUCGGGAGUUGUGACCCGCUGCUAAAGUCUGAAUACAAAAAUACACACGGGAUGGCCCAGGAAGUAGUCUACUAGGUUGACCAGCGUCAUCUGGCAGCCACAGUAUCAAAUUGUAAGAUAUUUCCACAGGUUUAGAUGUAUACUUAAGAUGUAGUACGUAUGAUAGUAAUGUAUGUUAGUAUUUAAGUAUGUAACACGUGGAUUUUCAGCUAUAAGGCUGCAAGAUUUAUAAACCGAUCAUUAUUAUUUUAUUAUUAUUAAAGACAGACAGUCAAAUUAACAACAGUAACAGCAUCAGCAUCGGCAGCAGCAACAGCAACAGCAACAACAACAACACAGACAAACUCCAUGCACUACAUCAAUGACAAUAACAUCAACAUAAAAAAAAAGAAGGAAAAACAGGAAACCAUUGAAAAGAAUCACUAUACAGCCUCGCCCACGCAAAACAACAAAAAAAGGAGUCUAUGUAUUGCAUGAGAGAGAGAGAGAGAGAGAGAGAGAGAGAGAGAGAGAGAGAGAGAGAGAGAGAGAGAGAGAGAGAGAGAGAGAGAGAGAGAGAAAAAAAAAAAUGU